ACAUUGUGUAGUCGGACCUUUAUCUAGAAGAGGCUUCUAAUUCCUGAAGUGAAAUCCUCUUAGGAUCUGUGCUCUAUUUCUGUUUGGUCCAUGGGGUCUUUUUUUUUUAAAUCUCCAUUACACCUAUCUCAUUGGCUGGAAAAGCCACACGCAUGCACAGAGAAACACUCUGUUUGACAAACAGAUAGGGCGGUGAAGUGGUUGAGAGCACACCAGUGGAUGGUUUGUAAUUUACACAAAGGGAGGACUUUACUGUGACUGUGGAAGGUAGCUGACCACAAAAAUGUCAAACAAACUGAUCGAGCUUGAGGAGAAUGCGACCCACACAGGUCCAAAAGGAGUCAUCAAUGACUGGAGGAGGUUUAAACUGGAAAGUAUGGACCGGGAAAACUUGCCCUCUGCAAAAAAAGAACUGCUGAGACAAAUGUCUUCCCCCAAUAAAUCCAAAGAUGACUCCAGAGCAAACCUAAACCGCAAGAUGAGUGUCCAAGAGUAUGAGCUGUUAAAGGAGGAGGAUGAAGGGUGUCUGAAGAAGUACAGAAGGCAAUGCAUGGAAGAAAUGCACAACAAGCUCAGCUUCGGGCCCAAGUUUGAAGGCGUGCACGAUCUGGACAGUGGAGAGGCCUUCCUAGAAGUCAUAGAGAAAGAGCAUCACAGCACGGUGGUGGUUGUCCACAUCUACAAGAUUGGUAUCAAAGGUUGUGAGCAGCUCAACAGCUGUCUUGACUGCCUGGCAACUGAGUACCCAACUGUAAAGUUCUGCAGGAUCGACGCUGUUGCUUCUGGAGCCGCCGAGCGCUUCUCGGAUGAAUAUCUACCUACUCUGCUGGUGUACAAAGCAGGAGAGUUACUUGGGAAUUUCCUUUCCUGCACACAGCACCUAAGUGAAGAAUUCUUCGCCACAGAUGUGGAAACCUUUCUCAAUAGCUAUGGUCUGCUGCCAGAGAAAGAGCUGCCCAAGCUGGAGGAUGAAGAAGAAAAUGAUGUUGAGUAAAUCAAGUGAGGCCACUGUCAGAGAAAAGAAGCUGUGUCAAAGAUCCAAGACUGGGAAGAUUUAUAAAUAAAAUAUGAUGAGUAUUCGUUAUUGCCUUAGCAAAUAGGAAAUCCAUAUCAUGUUCUCUAGAACUCUAGUUCUGGAUCAUUCUCUAAAGGAGACACAACAAUGGCAGCCUUAAAACACCAUAUUUGGGAGCUGCUAAUUGACUGAAGGAUAACAAAGCAACUAAAACAGUUUUAUUUUUUAAUUUUGUAAUUUUAGAUCAUGUUGCAUACUUUGUCUUUGUAAAAAGAAUUCAUACUUAUCUUUUUUUUAGUCUUAGUUGAUAGAUAUUUAAUAUUGAAAACGAUUUAAAAAUAGUUUGAUUUAUUGUUCCUAAAUUAUCUUGAACGUAUUGUACAUGUCCCAUGUUUCUAUGGCAUCACUGUAAUGUUCUGCUAGAACUUAAUACAUGAAGGACUGAACUGAACCAUAAGAACUUUGAUUGUAUUUGUUAAAGUAGUGAAGUUGACUGUUGUCUCUGGAGAACAUUUAUAAGAAACAUAUCGAUCAAUAAAAUAUGACUGAGGACAAAAUUCA